GAGCUCAGGCUCAAACGGCACUGCUAUUGCUCAACUGUGCACUGUUAACGCAAAAAUGAGCAAUGUUAUUAUCGCAGCUGUUAAAUAAAUAACCGCCAAUUGGAAUAUGGAAAAUGCAUAAUUCACUGGCUUCCAGACUGCUUGUGCGACUGCUGUUGCUGUUUGCACUGGUCACAGUCAUUUCCAUAGCUAUCCUAACAAAAUGGGGCUUCGAUGAACUCACUGCCGAGACCAGCAAGGACUCCCACGCCAAUCCCAGUGAGUCCGCUGGCUACAAUUAUGCGCUAAGCGAACGAGAUGCACAAAUUGAGCGACUGAAACAUGAAGUAUUAACGCUACGUGCACAGCUGGUGCUGCUCCAGAACAAUCGCAGCGGGACAAGCAAUGUCUUGGCCGUAAAGUUGCCUUUGGCGGGCAAUAGCAGCCAUAGCCUGCCGGAGACAACUGUUGCCUCGCUGACGCACCACUACGACUGCAGCAGCUACAUACGCAAGCAGGUGGGCGCGGCAGAGAUUCUGCACGGCUUGCCGCUGAACAAUGAAUACGAGAUGAUUCCAUUUAAUCAUUUCACCUUCACGCGUGUGUAUCCCAUUGAUCUGGGCUUGGGCAAACGCGUUGUGGAGAAACCCAUAGGCUACAGGCGUCGUGAUCUGCUGGAGGCAGUAAACAAGGCGCUCGAUAGUCUUAAUCGCAAUCAUACAGCGCGUGCUCGCGCCAAAGGAUUAGCUGUCGAUGUGCCCAGAUACACGCUGGACGACUUUGUGGAGGGCAUCUAUCGCACAGAGCCCACAACGGGCAGUCAGUAUGAGUUGUACUUCCAGAGCAUGAAGCAUCAGACGCAUGUGGUGCGCAAGGCGCUAGUUAUGCGUCCCUUUGCGCCACUGCAGACAGUGCAGCUGGCCGAGCUGGCCACCAAUCCCGUUAUACAUGUAAUAUUGCCACUAGCGGGGCGACUGCACAGCUUUCGAAGUUUUCUGCAAAUGUUUCAACAAUUGCCGGAGCGUGGCCUGAGGUUGAUUGUUGUGUACUUUGGUGAACUGGGCCUAGAGCAGGCCCGGCAGCUGGUAGCAGGCUCCAAGCGCAUGCAGCUGGUGGCUUUGAAUGAGACUUUUAGUAGAGCGAAAGCCUUGCGCAUAGGCGCGGAACACAUUAAAUCCGCGGAGGAUGCUUUGCUGUUUAUGUGCGAUGUGGAUAUUGUGUUUACUAAUAAAUAUUUGGAACGCUGCCGCUGGAAUACUGUAGCAGGCAAAAAGGUUUAUUAUCCUGUGGUCUUUAGUCUCUACAAUCCACAUGUUGUGUACACGCUGCAAGGCAAGUCGCUGCCCAGCGAGCAGGAGCAGCUGCUUAUCUCUAGAGACACAGGCUUCUGGCGUGACUUUGGCUAUGGCAUGACCUGUCAGUAUCGCUCGGAUUUUCUACAGAUACGCGGCUUUGAUGAGGAAAUUGUGGGCUGGGGCGGCGAGGAUGUAAUGCUGUAUCGCAAAUAUGUGCGUUCCAAAAUCAAAAUCAUACGCGCUACCGAUCCGGGCAUAUUUCAUCGUUGGCAUACCAAGAUCUGCACCAGCUCGCUGAGCGCGGAUCAAUAUCGUGCCUGCAUUCGAUCACGUGCUCUCAAUGAGGCCUCGCAUGCUCAGCUGGGUUUUCUGGCCUUUCAGGACGAGAUUGCCGCUGCCAUGUCCGCAACGGAGACGCAUAACUGAGCGUAUAUCUAAUUGCUUACGCAUACUAUCAGCCUCAAUGUGACAAUAAACUUGUAUUUAGCCAAUCGUUGACUCUUAGCACAAUUGUUAUAACUGCGCCGCACUUGAGAGCCUACAAUCGUAUAUACUUAGUUACUUAACUUAACCGUAAUCUCGUAUACAUAAUCGUACUUGUAUGACAAAUUGUUCUUCCAUGAAGCAAACUAGAUGCAAUCUUUAAAAUAAACCCAAAACAAUCUAAACAAAUUAAA